AGUGGUUUAUUCCCACCUUCCGCCAUGGUUUCUCCCAGAUUUCUCCCGCCUGGGUUCUCAGUGGUUUCUUCCAGUCACAGUGGUUUGCUCCGCCCCCCUCCCCCUCGGGCCUGCAGAGUGGUUCUUCCCGCUUCCCUCCCGGUGCUGCGGGACGGCGGCCGGGCCGGGACAUGCCCCGCAAGAGGCCGUUCAGCGCCAAGCAGAAGAAGAAGCAGCUGCAGGACAAGAGGGAGCGGAAACGGGGUCUGCCUGAUGGCGUGAGGUCGAGCUCCAACAGCCGGAGUGGCAGCCAUGAGCGGCGGGAGGACCAGACGGACACGUCGGACAGCGAGUCUCUGUCCCUGCACGUCCGGAAACUCAACCAGCAGCCAGCAGUCCGCAGGCUGGGGGAGCGCAGCUAUGACCCCAACAGGUACCGGCUUCACUUUGAGCGCGAGAGCCGGGAGGAGCUGGAGCGGCGAAAGAAGGUGGCUCAGGAAAAGAUCCUGGAGCCUGUCCCAGAAAGUGAGAAGGAGCUGGACAUACAGGAUGUCUACAGAUCCGGAUCCGUGCUGGAUUUCCCCAAGCGCCCCCCCUGGAGCUACCAGAUGAGCAAAGAGCAGCUGCUGCUGCGGGAGGAGAAGUGUUUCCGGGACUAUCUGGAGGGAAUCUACAGCACCUACCAGCCCAGCCAACUCAGCUACUUUGAGCAUAACCUGGAGACCUGGCGUCAGCUGUGGCGGGUGCUGGAGAUGUCAGACAUUAUCCUGCUCAUCACAGACGUCCGUCAUCCGGUCAUUAACUUCUCCCCUGCGCUGUACGACUUUGUGACCAAAGAGAUGAGGAAGAAUCUGAUCCUGGUGCUGAACAAGAUCGACCUGGCGCCGCCGGCGCUGGUGGUGGCCUGGAAGCACUACUUCCAGACCCUCUUCCCCCAGGUGCACAUCAUCUGCUUCACCUCCUACCCCCAGCAAAGCCAGGAUCCCAGCACAGUGUUUAAGAAACGGCGGAAACGGAGGAAGGGCAGGAGCACGGCCAUGGGACCAGAGCAGCUGCUCCACGCUUGCGAGACCAUCACUGCUGGGAAAGUGGACCUGAGCAGCUGGAAGGAGAAGAUUGCGCGGGACGCGGCCAGCGCCCACCUGCCCGCUGAGGUCUCGGACGAGGAGGAGGAUGACGAUGAAGGGGCGGCCGUGCUGGUGGAACACCAGACUGAUGUGGCCAUGGAUGUUGGGGUUCCUUCCCAGGAGCUCUACAAGGACGGCGUUCUUACUGUGGGCUGUGUGGGGUUCCCCAACGUGGGCAAAUCGUCACUGAUGAACGGGCUGGUGGGGCACAAGGUGGUGAGCGUGUCCCGGACGCCCGGCCACACCAAGUACUUCCAGACCUACUUCCUGACCCCCACCGUGCGCCUCUGCGACUGCCCCGGCCUCAUAUUCCCCUCCCUGGUGCACAGGGAGCUCCAGAUCCUGUGUGGCAUCUACCCCAUCUCCCAGAUCCAGGAGCCCUACAACGCCGUGGGGUACCUGGCCAGCCGCAUCCCCAUCCAAGCCCUGCUCAAGCUGCGCCACCCCAAUACCGAGGAGGGCAAGCCCGAGACCCGGUGGUGCGCCUGGGACAUCUGUGAAGCCUGGGCUGAGAAACGCGGUUACAAGACGGCCAAAGCAGCUCGUAACGACGUGUACCGAGCUGCCAACAGCAUCCUGCGGCUGGCGGUGGACGGGCGCCUCUGCCUCUGUCUGCGGCCUCCCGGCUACUCCACUCAGAAAGCCAUGUGGGAGCACCAUCCCGAGACGGCAGAGAUUGCCGCCCUGCAGGAGGCUCACCGCAAGCACAGCCGGCGCAGUUCAGAGGAAGAGGAGGAGGAAGAGGAGAUCUCCAGCUCUGGGGAGGAGGAGGAUGAGGAGAAGGACCGUGAUGCUGAUGAGGAAGAGGAGGAGGAGGAGGAGGAGGAAGAGCCAGCUGCCUCCAGUGCGGAAGGGAGCAGCACCCCAGCCCAGGCCCCACCCAGGAGGGUGCUGAAGGGGAAACUCUCAAGCCGGAACUUGUUUGCUUUGCUGGGGGAGGAUGAAUGUUAGUGGCUCCCCUUGCUGGACAGAUUGAGAAAGGGGGGGGAGGAGCACCUGGCUACAGGCUCCGCCCCCUGCCUUGGCUGAGCUCCACCCCCCCCCCAUUCUCCAUGCUCUAUAGCCUCUGUAUAUGAAUAAAGGUGAUGUUUAUUUCCA